AUGGAAAAGAGUGACUGUGACGGGAGAGUAGAAGUGGUAGGGUACUGGAUAAGCGCAUUUGUGCAUAGAGUGAGGUGGGCACUAAAGCUGAAGGGAGUAGAUUACAAAUACACCGAAGAAGAUAUCUUCAAUGAUGUACGUACCCCAUCAUUCAACAAAACCCCUCUUCUCUCCCACCUCAACCCUCUCCACGGAAAAGUCCCCGUUCUUAUCCACAAUGGAAACCCCUUGCCUGAAUCCGCCGUCAUCCUCGAAUACAUCGACGACGUCUGGUCCCAUGACCCCUUGCUGCCACAGGAUCCAAUUCUAAGAGCCCGAGCUCGAUUCUGGGCUAAAUUUAUUGAUCAAAAGGUUAUAAACUCAACAGCGCUUGCUCUGCAUUCGGAGGGAGAGGAUCAGGAGAGAGCAGUAAAGCUAGCGGUUGAAUACUUGGAAAGGAUUGAGGAAGAGCUGCAGCUGCAAGGGAAGGUGUUUUUCGGCGGGGAGAAAAUUGGAUAUGUGGAUUUGAUGAUGGGAUUUGUUGCCUACAUACUACCUGUCUUCCAGGAAGUUGCAUCCGUCGACAUUCUUGAUCCGUCCAGGUUUCCGGCGAUCGCCGCCUGGACGGUUAAUUUUCUGGAACAUCCGGUGAUCAAGGCUGAGUAUUUGCCUCCCAGAGAUGAGAUUUUCAGUUUCUACAGCCGCCGUCGACAGGAAGCUCUUCCCCUUUGUGGCUCCCAAACCCCUCUUGGGAAAAAAAUAUGGAGCUUUCUCCUCAGUUAA